UCUCGUCAGUAAGUUUGGAACUAGGAAAGUUUUUUCGAUCUUUCCUAAUCUUUUCUUGUUAUCUCUUGUCGGUGCUGCACGUGAAAGUACAAGAUGUCGUCUCACUUGAAUUGGAUGAUAAUCCGCGACAACAAUGCUUUUCUUCUGAAAAAACGCAACAUCAACAAGCCAUUUUCUACGGAGGCUAACAACUUGACGAAUCUGAGUAGUUAUCGCUACUCUGGUUUGAUUCACCGUAAGAGUGUCGGGGUUAUUGAUACUCCCGACAAAAAGGGUUUCACAGUUGUCUAUAAAAAAGCCAAGGCAGUCAACAAGCCUGCUAAAGCUAAUGUAAAGAGCACAAUGAAGGCAGGAGCUCGUCGUUCUCUACACAAAUUGAAAACUCUACUUAAAAAGAACAAAUAUCGCGUAGAUCUCACUAAGGCUGCACUGCGACGGGCUAGUGCCGUACUGCGAUCACAGAAACCUCUUCCCACUAAGAAAACACGAACUACUAAAAAGACCGAUUAAUUUGUAUAUUUUAUUAAAUAUACAUUGUAAAUUAAAAUA